AUGACUGUGAUUAAUGGACAGCUGAUGCAUGUAGGAGGCAGCUCGUCCAUCUGGCUGACGGUGUCAUUCACGGUGGAGCGUUACAUCGCGGUGUGCCACCCGCUGCGCGGCAAGGUGCUGUGCACGGAGGCGCGCGCCCGCAGAGUCACGCUGCUCGUCGUCGUCGCCUGCCUGCUGGCCACCGCCACCACGCCCUACGAGUGGCGCAUCACGCAGGCCCCGAAAGAUGGGCUUAUGGACAUGGUGUCGUCGGAUUUCGGCAAGCACCCCACGUACCACUCGGUGUUCUACUGGUUCUCGUCCGUCAUGUUCGUGCUACUGCCCGUGGUGCUGCUCGCCAUCUUCAACUCGUUCCUCGUCAUGGCCGUGCACCGCAGCCGCCGCCAGCGCAACCGGAUGACGCAGGUGGACCAGUGCGACAGCAACCAGCGCCAGGAGAACCGCAUCACGGUGACGCUGAUCGCGGUGGUGGUGCUGUUCAUGGUGUGCCAGACGCCGACGGCCGCGAUGCUGCUGUACACGGUGUUCCGCGGCGGGCAGCCGGGCGAGACGGAGAACAACGUGCGCCUGGCGCUGGGCAACAUCUUCAACUUCAUGGCGGCCGUGCACUCGGCGUGCAACUUCCUGCUGUACUGCGCGCUCUCGGACAAGUACCGGCGCACGUUCGUGCUGACGUUCGUGCCGCAGCGCUGCCGCCGCGCUGGGAAAUUGUUGAAUGAACCAGGAGGUGCCACGAUUAUCAGCAACGUGAACUUAGGUGGCAGCAGUGAUAGUGUUUCUCUUGUUGCAAAAUUUAUUUAG